AUGUUCGCGCCGCCACUCGCCACCGAGUCCUCUGUCCUUGAACCAAUGGAGAAAGCCCUUGUCUCCGAAUCAACCCUGAGUCAACUCGGAUUCCCUAACGAGUUCCCUUACGAAUUCGACUCUUUCACCUCCCAAGGAGACUCAACGGAGACGGAAGAUGAGACAAGCGACGACGAAGAUGACUUCUUUGCCGGGUUAACUCGUCGACUCGCCCUCUCUACUCAGCGCCUCCCUUCUCCUCCUCCUCCCUUCGUCAAGGUGAACUCGACUGAGUCAACUCGGAGUGGACUCGGGAGCUUGACAACCUCUGGAAACAAAAGUCCCAGCGGUCCGUUCUCGCUAGCCCCUUCAAGGCCGGAGUCUCCGUCUCUUGAAGAGGACUCUUUGAAAGUCAUAUCUGCUGCAGCUGGAGAAGUCGCCAAGAUCAAAAGGGCGAAUCUUGAUUCAAAACCCAGUAGCCGCACAAACCCUAAUCCUUUCGUCGUCCCCUACCCUCAAAACGCUGCGUUUGGUAGCUACUACUGGUGCCUACAGCAGCCCGCUUUGAACGCGUUUCCUUGUCCUGUUAGAGGCGUUUUCCCCGUCCCAACCGCCGUGAAACAACCGUCUGUUGGUACCGGCUUUUUCACCGCCCCAACCGCCGUUAAACCACCGUCUGUUGGUACCGGCGUUUUCCUCCCCAUGAAUCACAGAAACCCUUCAGAUGGCCGGAAGAAAGGAGGUGGUGGAUGUGUUAAGCUUCAGACGAAGGUUGUUCAGACACAACCUCUUAGACCUGAAACAUUUUCUGGUCGGUGUAACUCACGUUCGCAAGCUCGUCUUAGUACUAAUUCAAACAUUCCCAACCUCAAUUCCGAAACUCAGUUCCCAAAGCUGCAGUAA